CAUUUAAUAACAUUUUUGUAAAACACGGGAAAAAUGUGUUUAGAAAAUAAAUCUAUUUACAUGAUCUACGAUUGAAAAGAAUGGACGAUCGGCUAUCCGGCACCGACCAUAAUAGCUGGUUCAAAUAUGUUCCAAAUGCAAUAAAAUCUAUGUUGACGUUUCAGAGUCAGAAUAUUAUGAAGACAAUUCAAGAUAUUGCAUAUGUUAUUUGUUACUUUAAACCUGACAUCACAUCAUACCAGCAAAUGCUAAUAUCAUGUUGGUUGAAGACCAAGAAUUUUUUUUUCUACGAAACUGCAUCGAUGACUUCAUUUUUAUUAUGGCUAAUAAAAUACAGUUGGUGGUUGGCGAGAUUCGCAAUAGAAAAAUGUAAUAUCGCGUUAAUUACUUUUGAACAAAAACUGAAUUGGAUUGAUUCAGAAGUCGAUGGUCCUAAAAGAUGUGAGGUUAAAUGUGAGAUACUAUACGACCCUGGACUUGAGUCAACUUGCAUGGACGUAGUUUUUAUACAUGGACUUAGAGGCGACAAACUCAAGACUUGGAAACAAGGUGUGUGGAAACAAGUGGAUCAGAAACCUGAGCCUGUGGUCGUCAGAAAUUCUGGUUUAUCUUCAAUAAAUAAAUUUGAAAGAUUGKCUAUCGGCGAGGAGAUCAAAGAGUUUACUAAUUGUUGGCCCAGAGAUUGGUUGCCACUGGAUUGUCCAUACGUCCGAGUUAUAUCCAUAAGCUACAGUACCGAUCCAUAUUUGUGGAGACCUAUAUGGUUAAGCAAACCAGUAAGGACAACCAUGAAAGACAGAGGAUUGGAGAUGAUAUCACUUCUAAGAAAUGUACAUGUCGGACAACAUCCCAUUACAUGGGUUGGUCAUUCUAAAGGGGGAUUGUUCAUAAAACAAAUAUUAGUUCAUGCUAAUGAAAACCAGCAAACUCACAAAAUCAUAACAAAUACCAGAGGAAUAUUAUUUUAUAGCGUUCCACAUAACGGAUCUCCUUUGGCCAAUAUAAAACUACCUCUGUUUCAACGAUCAAUCGAAUUACAAGAGUUAGUAAAUGAUACACAAGAUAUACAAAAACUUCAGAAAACAUUUCAUGAAAUGAUGAAUGUUAAUAGACAAAUACAAGUGAAAAGUUUUAUUGAAACCAAAUUGACACUAAUGAAACUAAUUUAUUUAAGAAUUGUUUCUAUUCAGUCUGCAGAUCCUGGAUUUGGAGAUUUAUAUGGGGUUCCAUUGGAUCAUCGAAAUAUUUGUAAGCCGAAAAAUCGGAAUUGUUUUCUAUAUCAAGAGCUAGUUAAUAUGAUACAAUCAUUAAAGCAAUCAACAGUUGAAGAAACAGUAUAAAUAUUGUUAGAAAUAAAGUAUA